CCUCAACUUACAGAACUGGCUUCUUUCGGCUCCGGGAGUGUUUCUCAUUUAAACAAACAGUACUGAAGAUGGCGGAGAGUUCAUGGUAUAAAGAAGAAAUAUUAGUCCGGUAGAGAGAUACGUCUACAAGAUUCCACUGACCAACCCCCAUAGGACCACACCCCCUGAGAGUGGGGGGAGAAUCUGUCCAUUGCCUCAGCACUAUCACAAGGUGCUGAUAUGCGUACACGAUGAGCGGUUUGGGGGAGAACUCCAUGGAACCUCUGAGCUCAGAAAAUCGGAAACGCAAACUCUCCACUUGUGACACGCCUGGUCUUGGGAGUGAGAGGAAGCGGCGGGAGCAGGAAAGCAAAUAUAUCGAGGAGCUGGCGGAGCUGAUCUCCGCCAACCUUAGCGACAUCGACAGCUUCAAUGUCAAACCAGACAAAUGUGCAAUCCUCAAAGAGACAGUGCGCCAAAUCCGCCAGAUCAAAGAGCAAGGCAAAGCUUCAACCAGUGACGACGAUGUUCAGAAAUCAGAUGUAUCCUCAACAGGUCAAGGAGUCAUUGACAAAGACCACCUUGGUCCGCUCCUGCUGCAGGCAUUGGACGGCUUCCUGUUUGUGGUGAACCGCGAGGGAAGUAUUGUGUUUGUGUCGGACAACGUGACACAGUACCUGCAGUACAAACAGGACGAGCUCAUUAACACCAGUGUGUACAACAUUCUGCACGAAGAAGACAGAGAGGAGUUCCACAAGAACCUGCCCAAGACCAACUUAAAUGGAGUGUCGUGGGGAAAUGAGGCGACCAGACAGAAGAGUCACACCUUCAACUGCCGAAUGCUCGUCAAAUUUGGCCACGGCCAUGGAGCCAUGGAGGAGGGGCCAGGAGGGCCACGCUAUGAGACCAUGCAAUGUUUUGCCCUCACGCAACCUAAGGCCAUGAUUGAGGAGGGGGAAGACCUACAGUCAUGUAUGAUAUGUGUUGCCCGUCGGGUUACAGCCAUGGAGAGAACGGAGAGUUUCAAUACAAGGCAUGAGCUCUCAGGUAAACUCAUCCAGAUUGACCAGAACUCUCUGCGAGCAUCAAUGCGUCCCGGCUGGGAGGACUUAUUGCGGCGGUGCAUUCAGAUGUUCCUUCAGCACAGUGACGGGCAACCCUGGUCACAUAAACGCCACUAUCACGAAGCUUUUUUGCAGGGUCAUGCAGAGACGCCACUUUAUCGCUUCUCUCUGUCUGAUGGCACUCCAGUCACAGCGCAGACAAAGAGCAAACUGUACCGUCAUCCUAUGAGCAACGAGCCACAAGGCUUCAUCUCCACUCACCUCCUUCAGAGAGAACCAAAUGGCUACCGCUCGGCUCAGGGUGGGAACAUGAUGCCCAACACCAUGAGACAGCAAACCAUGGGUGGUCCCAACCCCAAUGCCCAAAUCAAUAUGAACACCAGUGGAGGGAUGGGCAUGGGGGGCAUGGGUGGAAUGAACAGGGGCUUUGGUAUGAACGAGCAAAGCCACAUGGGUCACAUGGGUCAGAUGAGUGGCUGCUCCGCAUAUGGAGGAAGCAGUGGUGGAGGGGGCGGAGGCAUGGGCAACCGCAUGAUGCAGAUGAGCCAGAUGGGACAUAUGAACCAAAUGGGUCCCAUGAAUAACCCAGGCCAAGGUAUGCAGCAGCACCCACAGCAGCCCCCCUUCCAGAGCAGCGGUGGUUUUGGGUUGAGUGGCUUGAACAGCCCUUCAGGAAGCCCCCGGAUGGGUGGUCCCCAAUCAGGACUCUUAAUGUCACCUCGAAAUAGAGGUAGUCCAAAGAUGGGCGGCAAUCAGUUUUCUCCAGGAGGCAUGCACUCGCCCAUGAGUGGCAUUUGCAGUGGUGGAGGAGGCAGUGGGAACACAACAACCUACUCCAGCAGCUCCCUAAACGCCUUACAAGCAAUCAGUGAAGGAGUAGGGAACUCCGUCAGCACCACUCUGAUGUCUCCUUCGCCAGUACAUAAACCUGAUACCUCUCCUAGCGUCCACUCCUCUUCUUCUUCCCAGCCAAACCAAAUGGCCAAACCAGCCCAGGAUGGAUCCAAAAGCCCAGCGGGAGGCUUGGGGCUCGGGCUCGGUGACCAGCACCACCCCAUGCACCAUCACCACAAUCAUCAGCAUCCUCAGGCUGAGAGUUCUGGGGAUAGACCUGACAGCCAAGCAACUACAGCACCGAAAGAAUCUUCAGAGGGGAGCAGCGAGGCUGGUGGGGGGACAUCGGAGACCACUAGAAGGUUACCAGACAGUAAGGGCCAUAAGAAAUUGCUCCAGUUGCUGACCUCGCCAACGGAGGAGCUCGCGAUAGGAGGCAGUGGACCAACAGGGCCCCCUAAUCUGCCACCAUCAACCAACAGCAGUACUCCGGUGACCUCAGAAACUAAGGACCCCAAUGGGGGGAUGACUAGCCCCUCAUCCACGGGUGUGUCCUCUUCGUCCUCAGCCAGUGCCAAUUCAAGCCAGACAAGCGGGCUUGCGGGUGUGUCCACAUCAGCUAGCUACACGGGCUCACUGCAAGAAAAGCAUAAAAUCCUCCACAAGCUUCUCCAGAAUGGCAAUACACCUGAUGAGGUAGCAAAGAUCACAGCCGAGGCUACAGGAAAGGUGUCACUCGGGAACCAAGAGGGUGCUGAAGUAGGUACCGGAGCGUCGGGUGUAGGGAGCGGGCCGGGCUUAAUCACUGAACCCAAGCAGGAGCAGCUUAGCCCCAAAAAGGAGAAAACUCAUGCCCUCCUUCACUAUCUACUCAACAAGGAUGAUUCUAAAGAGCCAUUGGAUGUCAAGCCCAAACUGGAGGAUUUAGACGGCAAGGGAACCUCUGGGACCGCUGGCGGUCCUCCACGGGGAGGCCCUGGAUCUGCACCUGAACAUCAUGAGAGUAAGAUCAAGUCAGAGCCACCUGAUGAUUUGCACAACCUUGAGUCUAUCCUGGGAGAUCUGAGGGGGUCAAGCUCUGAUUUUUACUCAGAUCAGGCAGGAGGUGCUGGGUCAAAUGACACAGUUAACAAACCACAGGGUGGCCUUGAUGACAGCCUACAGAGGAGUCCAGGUAUGGGUGCAGGACCUCGAGGGUCCUUUCAGAGGGCCUUAUCUGUGGAGGGGAAGCCUCCCGGUGGGCUUGGAGGAGCAGGAAGACGCCCCAUGCUUGUCAAGCAGGAGAAUAUGAUUGGUAGUCCAGAUGGCUACUCAGGAAACAUGGGACAACUGAAUAGGGGCAUGGUUCCCCAGAGAUCUCCCAUGGCUGGAUCUGGAGACUGGGGUAUACCUCGAUCCAGUACCAGUCCAGUGGGUUCAGCUGGCCACCCCUCCAUGAUGCGUCCCAAUAUGGAGUACAGGGGUAGCAAAGGAAUGAUGACGGCGUCCAUGGUGAGCCGUUCCAACAGUAUUCCGGGAUCCAGGUCUAUGCUUCAGCAGCAGCUGAUGGACAUGGGUGGCACCACUGACAUGAUGGGUGGGAACUCCUUCAACCAGCAAAGCCAGCCCAACCAGUCCACUUCAUGGUCAGAUACUCUCAUGGGCAUGGAAGGCAACAGACGCCAAUUCGCCAACACUCUGGAUGAACUUCUGGUGCCACCCACUACCACUGAGGGUCAAAGUGACGAGCGGGCGCUUUUGGACCAGCUGGAUUCCCUUUUGAACAACACGGAUGGCAUGGCCCUUGAGGAGAUAGACAGGGCUCUUGGCAUUCCAGACCUCGUCAGCCAGACACAGGGAACAGAGCAGCAACUGGAGACUUUUACUGGACAGGAACCGUCAAUGGUGCUGGACCAGAAGCCUCUGUAUGGACAAGGCUAUCCCGGACCCCCGACUAUGCCCAUGCAAACUGGCUACGGAGGGAACCCAAUGCAGGGACAACCUCAGCAGGGAGGAUUUGGGCCCAUGUUGUCACAAAUGGGACAAAGCAACAGCUUCCCCGGCAUGGGUGGAAUGGGGGGCAUGGGGCACCCUCGUGCAAACAUGAUGAGGCCGAGGAUGAUGAGUGCUAAUAAGCCCAUGAGGCUCCAGCUGCAACAGAGGCUGCAGGGACAACAGUUCAUGAAUCAGACCCGCCAGGCCAUGGGCAUGAAGAUGGAGAACCCUGGAGGCAAUCCCGCCAUGCGGCAAGCCAUGCAGCCAGGCAUGGCUGCACAGCAGGGUUUCUUGAACGCUCAGAUGAUGGCUCAGCGCAGCAGGGAGAUGGUGACAAUGCAGAUGAGGAGGCAGCGCAUGAUGAUGCUGAUGCAGCAACAGCAGCAGCAACAGCAGGCGGCUGCAGGUGGAUUCAGCCCCCCGCCAAACGUCACCGCUCCCGGCGGCAUGGACAACCCAGUGGGGGGGCUAAAUAUGGUUCAGCCUGGUCCCCAGCAGUUCGGCUACGGAGGGAAUUAUGGAAUGAGCCAGCAGGGGGACCCGUCAUUUGGUCCUUCUGGCAAUAGUCCUCCAAACACCAUGAUGCCAGGCCGCCUGGGGCCUCAAAAUCCCAUGAUGCAACAACACCCGCAGGGUGGUCCUAUGUACCAGGGUGCGGAUAUGAAGGGCUGGUCGCAGGGAGGCAUGGGACGCAACAGUUCGUACCCUCAGCAGCAGUUUAGCCAACAAGUGCCACCAGGGCAGCAGCAGCAGUUUGGGCAGCAAGGAAAUCCAGGCCAGUAUGGGGGCAUGAUGAUGAACGGCGGCAUGGCCGCCGGUGGAGGAGGUGGUGGUCACAUGGGUCAGAUGGGAGGUCAGAUAGGCAUGAAUCCAAUGGUAAUGGGGCGCAUGAUGGGACCAGAUCAGAAAUAUUGCUGAAACUGAUGCCGGAAGCUGUAAUCUCCAGUGAAAAGCCGCAAGAGGACAUGUUGGUGUGCUUGACAUUCACCACAUGGGGGCGCAAAGUUUCCUUUUGAUUGAUGCCUUUGUAGUGUGGCCACCUAAGGAGAAAUCAGUGUGGAAAUAACAGUGCUGAUGAAACACUGCAAGAAACACAAACCCCCCCAUUAUACACACACAAUUGUGUGGUCCUUCAGCUGACUGCAGUUAGAUAUUGCUGUCCUACCAGGUAGCUGCACUGGUUGGGUCCUACGAUGUCUCUAGGCUUUGAGGUGCUAUGGAGACUUGUGUGUGUUUUCGUGUGAGUGUGAAGCCCUCCUUUUGUCGAAUGUAUUAUGAAACUGCAUUAGAAAUGUGCAUUUUCUUCUCAUUCCCAAUCUCUCUCAUGUUUCCUUGGCCGUCUCGCUCCCAGAGAGGAGGUGCCGACAGUAAAGAUGGUUGUAAGCAAGCCACCAAGAUUGUGACACUCGGGGAUGAAUGUCAGCGAGGAAAACACAAUGUUUUGUGGCCUCCAAGGCUGGGCGGGGCUAGCAUACAAAUGAAUUACUCGUUGGCUGAUUGCACUUUAAGGAGAGGCCAACAUCGAAAGGAUUGUGGCAAAAGAGGCCUUUACUUUAAGAAUGAACCCAUAGCAGCAGAUAUUACGUUUAUUUUCACAUGUUUUCUCCAGGAUUUGUGGAGAAAUGGGAGGGGUGGGGGUUAUGGGAAAUGUUGUCUGAGGUCUUUAACCAAUGGGAAAGUAGCAAGCACAGAUUUUAGCCAACAUUCUUAUCGUCAGCGAUUUAUUAUAAGAGUAGAAAUUAAGACAGGGGGGAAUAAAAAAAAAAACAUUUUAAAAACUCCACUGAUGUACGGUAUAUUUAUACAGAUUCAAGAAGCGAUUCUUUUAUCAAUCCAGAGGAAAUAUUUUAAAAUCAGAAAGUUGAAGAUAUUUUGCUUAUCUAAAAAUACAAAUUUUCAAGGUUUGAAAGUACAAAACUAGAAAACGGGCCAAGUGUGAAGCUGAAGUGUGUGUGUGUGUGUUUACGCUCACACUGUAAGAUUUCAAUUUCUAGCAAUAAUCCUUCCUUCUGGUUCACGUCUUUGUUGAAGCAUCAUUUCCCUCAUAGCGGCAGCGGUACAGCAGUAUUAGACAUGGUGUGUGUUGUUUGGAGACCUUUAUUGUUGAUAGAAAAUUGUAAAUAGGCUUCAAAUGUAUGAUAUAUAAAUAUAUAUAUGCUUUUGUAGGUCACAUACUUUUUUUGCACAGAUUGCAAGGCUUAAUAUUUAAUAAGUGUAAUUUGUCUCAUUCCAUCAUAGGUCAGCUUUGUUUCUUAUUGAGAGAGAGAGAGAGAGAAAAGGGCCUCCUAUUUUUUUAAAGCGGUAUGUGUAUAAUUUAUUUCAUACUGCCAUGUCUCUCUUCUAAAAAAAAAAAAAAAAAGCACUUUUUUGUUGUGAUUUUAACAUUAACUUCUUUUCAUUUCACGCGGACAUGCUAUUUGUUAUAGAGGUGCUAGUGAACAAACAUGUUCAUUUUAAAGGAAUUACUUGGAGGGGAAAUAUAUCCAAAUACAUAAUUAUUUAAAGCUUGACUUUAUGCCCAAAUGUCGCACUAUUCUUUUCCUUGUGAGUCUCACCAUAGUCCUUGGUUUUUGCUUCUAAAUGUUUCAUCCUGUGGCUAACUUUUUGGAUUGUUCUGCUAAAUCUCAUUCUAGUCCUUUUUAGUGUGACUUGUUCCCUCUUCCCUAUUGGAGGAAUCUACCUAUGAAGACAUGCUCAAUCCAAAGAGUUUUUUUUUGUUUGUUUUUUGUCCUUCUGCACUGCUUAGAGACACUUCCUGUACUAGAGCGUACUUAUGUGGGCUUUCACUGUUGCGCCUAUGAUACUCCUUGAAUAUGAUUAACAUAUAUGAUAUCCCCUCAUAAAAGAUUAGAGUAGAGAGUAAGAGUCUGGUACUGCUGAGCAUCUUUUUGGUUUCUCUUCUUUUCCCGGAAAGAAUCGCAGUGCAGUUACUUCACAAGAGAUUGUUAGGAUUUUCUAAAUCGGAAAGUUGUUUUUUGUCCCAGUCCAAAUGAAAAUGAUUCAAUGUUUUUUUGAUCUGAAAACUAGGAACUCCUGUCAGUUCAUGGAUGGAGCAACGAAAAGAUACAAUACAGGAUGUAAAAUACUGUUCUUUUCUUACCUUGUUCUUGAUGUUAAUAUUGUUGUAAAUACAAAUUUAUAUUUAAACCACUUGUCUCUGCUGUCUUUUUCACCAGUGCCAAAUAAAUACUGACAGUACAGUGGAACCUUGGUUAGCGUCCGCCCCGGUUAGAAUGUUGUUUUGGUUAGGGUCAAAACAUUUGACCUCGGUUUGC